GUACUGUUUCUCACACGCACUAUCCGAACAUCUAGCCUCUUCACCAUUCCCCUCCCUCUCUCCCUCUCAAUGAUCAUCGUCUUUGUAAUUUUCUAUACCGUGCACGCAUAUGGCUUCGUUUCUUUCUACUCUCCCCUGUUUUUUCGCCCAGACGGGAAAACAAAGGCCAGAAUUCACCUCAAAAGUUGGGAGGAAAAAAGAGCGUUUUUCUCCAAUCAAAAUAUUCACUUCGCCGCACCAAUUUCUUCUUCUUCUUCUUCUUCUUCUAUGCAUCGUAUCCGUUUUCAUAAGACUUCUACUACCUGAGGGAAGAGUUGAAGCUGCACGUGUCAUUAUUGAUAAAUAAACUCUGCAUCUAGACAAUGUCAGGCUCUGUGAAAGUUUUGGAACCAGCAUUUCAGGGAGCAGGACAAAGAGCAGGGAUUGAGAUUUGGAGAGUUGAGAAUUUCCAGCCAGUUCCUUUGCCAAAAUCUGAUUAUGGUAAAUUCUACUCAGGGGACUCAUACAUAAUCUUGCAGACAACUUCUGGUAGAGGAGGCUCUUAUUUGUUUGACAUACACUUUUGGCUGGGAAAGGAUACUAGUCAGGAUGAAGCUGGAACAGCUGCAAUUAAAACUGUGGAACUUGAUACCAUGCUCGGAGGACGAGCAGUGCAACACAGAGAAAUCCAAGGUCAUGAAUCUGAUAAGUUCUUAUCCUAUUUCAAACCAUGCAUUAUACCUUUAGAAGGAGGUGUUGCAUCUGGAUUUAAGACCCCAGAGGAGGAGGAAUUCGAGACACGCUUAUAUUUGUGUAAAGGAAAGAGGGUUGUCAAGAUGAAGCAGGUCCCAUUCUCUCGUUCCUCACUAAAUCAUGAUGAUAUCUUCAUUCUGGAUACUAAAGAUAAGAUAUACCAGUUCAAUGGUGUGAACUCCAACAUUCAGGAGAGGGCAAAAGCAUUAGAAGUAGUCCAGUUUUUAAAGGACACUCAUCACAAUGGAAUGUGUAUGGUUGCUAUCGUAGAAGAUGGAAAUCAAGCUGAACCUGAUUCUGGUGAAUUCUGGGAGGUUUUUGGUGGGUUUGCUCCAAUUUGCCGGAACAUUGCUGGUGAAGAUGAUAUCAUUCCAGAAAAAACUCCUCCUAAACUCUUCUGCAUUUCUAAUGGUCAACUCAGUCCUGUAGAUGGUGGCCUUUCCAAAUCCAUUUUGGAAAGCACCAAGUGCUACUUAUUGGAUUGUGGUGUUGAGAUUUUUGUUUGGGUCGGUCGUGUUACCCAACUUGAUGAGAGGAAAGCUGCCACACAAACUGCAGAGGCAUUCUUUGUCAGUCAAAACAGGCCCAAAUCAGUAAAAAUCACACAGCUCAUCCAAGGUCAUGAGACACAUUCUUUUAAGAUUGAAUUUGAUUCGUGGUCGUCUGGAUCAGCAUCUGAACCUGAGGAAGGAAGAGGAAAAGUUGCUGCUUUUCUGAAGCAACAAGGUGGUGGCAUCAAAGCUUCAAUCAAAAGUGCCCCUGCAAAGGAGGAAGCCCCUCCUCUGCUUGAUGGAGGUGGAAAACUAGAGGUGUGGUGCAUCAAUGAGAAUGCAAAGACUUCAGUUCCCAAACAAGAUGUUGGUAAAUUUUACAGUGGAGAUUGCUAUGUAGUUCUAUACUCCUACCACUCUCAUCAUGAUAAGAAGGAAGAUUAUUACCUCUGCUGGUGGAUCGGAAAAGACAGUAUUGAGGAGGACCGGAUGAUGGCAGCUGAAUUGGUUACCAAAAUGUUCAAUUCACUGAAGGGGAGGCCUGUUAUGGGUCGGAUAUUUCAAGGGAAAGAGCCACCCCAGUUUGUUGCAAUCUUCCAGCCGAUGGUGGUCCUUAAGGGUGGAUUAAGUUCUGGAUACAAGAAUUAUAUCGUUGACAAAAAUAUAAAUGAUGAAACUUAUAUUGCUGAUUCAGUUGCUCUUGUCCGGAUAUCUGGAACAUCAGUCCAUAAUAAUAAAGCAGUUCAAGUUGAUCUGGCGGCAACAUCACUGAACUCUAAUGAAUGCUUUCUUCUUCAAUCUGGCUCAAUGUUCAUCUGGCAUGGAGUGCACAGUACCUAUGAGCAACAACAGUUAGCUGCAAAGAUAGCUGAUUUCUUGAAGCCAGGAGUAUCUGUGAAACACACAAAAGAAGGUGCUGAAAUCUCUGCUUUCUGGUCUGCCCUUGGUGGUAAAGAAAAUUAUACCAGCAAGAAAGCACCUUUAGAAGUUAUUAUCCAUGACCCCCAUAUGUUCACAUAUUCCAUCAAAAAAGGUGUGUUUUGAUAUGCUCGUCGUGUAUUUAGUUUUCUGUUGUAUUUUCAUUCAAAUAUGGGUUUCCACUGAAAUUGUUUUUCUUAACUUUUUGCUGUCAUAUGAAUCUCCAGGCAAAUUUGAGGUAUG